AUGGAUUUCAUUGCCGGGGCCAUUGGAGGUGGCCUAAGCACAGCAGUGGGUUAUCCGCUGGACACAGUGAAGGUGAGAAUUCAGACCGAGAGGCAUUACAACGGGAUUUGGCACUGCAUUCAGGAAACGUACAGGACAGAAAAAGUUUGGGGAUUUUACAAAGGUGUGUCUGCAUCAGUCCUCACCGUAUCGGCGAUUUCAUCUGUCUCAUUUGGUGCGUACAGAAACUUCCUUUGCACCAUCUGCAAGCUGCGAUACGGGGCUGCAGACGUGAAGCCAUCCAAGCUGGACGUUUCUCUCGCCGGAGGUGCUGCCGGUGCCGUCCGGGUUAUGUUGAUGACCCCCAGUGAAGUGGCUAAAGUACGCAUGCAGACCCAGAAGAACCCGCACCCUUCCGUCACAUCUCCCCAGCCUGUUUCCAAGCCAAAGUACCGAGGGUCUCUGCACUGUCUGAAGGUGAUCGCCAAGGAGGAAGGUUUGGGGGGUCUCUACAAGGGCUGCUCUGCAUUACUCUGCAGGGAUUGCUCCUCUUCUGCAAUAUAUUUCCUUACCUAUUCUGCUCUGUGUGACUGGCUCACACCAACUGGGAAAAAUAAACCAGGUUUCCUCGUUGUACUGAUUUCUGGUGGCUUCGCUGGAGUCGUGGCCUGGGGAUUAGCUACUCCCAUGGAUGUCAUCAAAUCACGGAUGCAGACAGACGAAUCGGACCAGCAGAAGUACAAAGGCCUCAUCCACUGCGCUAGGGAAAGCGUGAGGAAGGAGGGUGCCAAAGUGCUUUUCAAAGGACUGGGUUUAAACUGCAUUCGUGCCUUUCCUGCGAACAUGGUGGUCUUUGUAACGUAUGAAGCUGUGCUCAGAUUUACAGAUCAUUAUACAAAGGCAAAAUAG